UUAUGGUGAGACAACACCGAGGCAAUAAGAGAGAGAGAGGGAGUGCACGCGCGUGUUUGUUUGUUUGUUUAGAGAGAGAAAGUUGGAAGAAUUGAUGAGAUGAGAGAGUUUGUAUUUGCGGAGCUAUAACCUGAAGAUCUGAACGCCAAUUUUCACUUCAAUUUUUCGAUUUUUUCUCGGAAAUGGAAGGUCGAUCUCCAGACCGGGAAUCUGUGGAAUCUGGUGCAAAAAAAUCCAGUAUAUCUUCAGGUGGAAGGGUUCAAGAUCGCAAAGAGUUUCUCCAUAGGUUUGUAGAUAGUGAAAGUCUGACCGAAAACCUCAAAACGUGGUAUGAAGAAACAACAGAAAAUUCAACUCGUAAUGAACCCUCGUUUGAUGUCCCUUUUGAGUUGAUAGAUCUUCAAAAGUUUGAUUAUGCUUUGGGAGGAGUUCCUUUUCAGCAGCUGAUUCGUAUGCCCAGUGCUAUUUAUGCCUCAACUUCUGGCGCUGUUGAAGCAACUGGUUAUCUUGCUCUGGAAGAUUUUUUACAUGCAAGUGUGAAAGGUUUGUGGGAGGCAUUUUGGGGUCAGGAUGAAACUUUGCCUUUCUAUGUUUCUUGUGUCUAUAAUUCAAACCUGAGAUUCUAUCCGGCUGAGAAAGCCAUUUCAAAAGGGAAACUUAGAGGUCUUUGUGCCGCAGCUGUAAUGCUAAAGAACCCAAGGCAUCCACAAGGGAAGUGGGAUGAUAUUCUGGAACUUGCUAUUCUAAGGUCUGAUAUUGGAAACCUUGCUACAGUAGAGAAUGACUGUAAACCUUCUCUUUCAAUUUUAGGUGAAGCUUUGUUUUUUGCUGUAAGAGUAUUGCUUGCGAGAAGUAUCAGCAGAUCCAAUAUUCCUCUCAGUUUGAAUUCAGUUUUUGUUCUUUUAGUUGACACUCAAUACGGUGGGGUCCUGAAAGUUGAAGGAGAUAUAAGCAAGUUGGAAAUGGAUUUGAAUGAUGUGUAUGGUUGUGCUGCUGAAUGGAUAAAGAAUAAUGCUUUAAUUACCAUUUCUCCCAUCGAUAGGAUCUGGAACAACCUUGGAAAUGCUAAUUGGGGGGAUAUCGGGGCUUUACAGGCACUUUAUGCAACCUUCCACUCGAUCACACAAUAUGCUGGAAUGUCAAAGAAUUCGGUUGAAGAUUUGGCUGCUGACCACAGCGCUCGUCUUCAGGAAAGGAGGAUUGAAAGACACUUGGGGGAUAGCUGGGUGAAUGGAAAUGGUUUAUUUCGCUUCCAGCAGCGUAGUGCUUCACCUGAAAUUGUUGAAGUACAUGAAGAAUCCUUCAGGUUAGAACCUGAAAAGUCCAUGAAGCUGGAAGUCGGUUCUAUUGUGCUGAUAGAAGAUUCAAACUGGAAGAGGGAUUAUCAGAUAAAUGAAGUCCUAACAGAUGGAGAGAUUCCGUAUUAUAUUGCAUCUUCUGUUGAAGAUCCAGGUACGACUUCAUUUUUGUAUGUUGGUUCACAUCCUUCUCAGCUGGAACCAGCGUGGGAAGAUAUGAAGCUGUGGUAUCAAGUUCAGAGGCAGACAAAAGUAUUGGGUGUUAUGAACCAAAAGGGAUUGUCUAGCAAGUAUCUACCUCAAUUAAAUGCAUCUGGCCGGAUAAUUCACCCUGGUCAAUGUGGGACCCCUGUUUUAGUGACUAGUCCAGUGGGCAGAACAGUUGCUGAUAUGGUGAGAUUUGGCCAAUUUGGUACUGACGAGGCUAUUAGGUGUUGCCAUGACUGCUUAUCUGCCCUUUCUGCAGUUGCCUCAGCUGGCAUUCGGCAUGGCGAUAUCAGGCCUGAGAAUGUUAUUUUUGUUAAUUCUGGUGUUAGGCAGCCUUAUUUCGUUCUCAUUGGUUGGGGACAUGCUAUUUUAGAAGAGAGGGAUCGUCCUGCAAUGAAUUUACACUUCUCCUCUACCUAUGCCCUUCAAGAAGGGAAACUUUGCUCAGCGUCUGAUGCAGAGAGUCUAGUGUAUAUGCUUUACUUCUCUUCUGGAAGUCACAUGCCCAAUUUGGAUUCGGUUGAAGGGGCAUUGCAGUGGAGGGAAACCUCUUGGUCAAAAAGGUUGAUCCAACAGAAGCUAGGAGAUAUUUCUGCAGUCUUGAAAGCAUUCGCAGAUUAUGUUGACAGCCUUUGUGGAACACCCUAUCCUAUAAACUUUGAUAUCUGGCUCACAAGGUUGAAGAGACAUUUUCCUCAGGAAGAUCAUGGAAAGCAGAUUGUUACCUCGAGUUAGAGAGUUUGUUUUUCAGCUCAUGGAAGCCUUGCAGCACGAAUACUUUGUGGCUCUCGACAGCCUUUCAGGAGCCUUAAUAAUAUUUACUUAUCUUAUCAAAAAAGGUCCUCAAAGCCGAUCGAGAAAUUUGCGUUGGCAUUUACCAGCUUGAAUAGUAAAUCAACCUAUGCUUCCUGCAUCUUUGUGGAAAUUUAACAGUUAAUGGUAAAUUCAUCCCUGCAUAAUGCCCCUGCACAUCAUUAGCUUUUGCAUAUGUGAACAGUUGUAACGGAGAUGUUUUUUUUUUUUUUUUUUGGCUUUUCAGUUAAAUGUGAUUAUUUGUUGUAAAGACAGCAACUGUCGAGAUUUCCCCGAGUGAGAUGUGUGAUUGUUUACUUUUACAGGACUUUUAGGAGUAGGACACUGUUCAGUAUAUUAUCCCCUACAUUUGUACAUGGAAUAUCAAUUUCUGUGCUUCAUGAAUAUUCCUGGUCUAGUUGAAUUA